GCUUCUUGCCUUCCUUCCUUCUCCUACUCCGUUUCUCCCUCAACCAGCCUCUAUCUACCCCCUCCUGUCCCCAACCCCAGUCCAUUGUGCUGGGCCUUGCUCAGUCCAACUCCGCUUGCUGCCCAAGACCUGAAAUCCUCCGGCGGGGCAGGUGGGGUGACUUGGGAGAAUUUCGGAGCCCACCUCGACUUGCAAUGGAGCUGUAUGGAAAGAUGGCCUCUGCCCAAGAUGCCAGGUAUGGCCAGAAAGACUCCUCUGAUCAGAACUUUGACUACAUGUUCAAAUUGCUGAUCAUCGGCAAUAGCAGCGUGGGGAAAACAUCCUUUCUGUUCCGUUAUGCAGAUGACUCCUUUACAUCUGCAUUUGUCAGCACAGUGGGGAUUGAUUUCAAAGUGAAAACUGUAUUCAAAAAUGAAAAGAGAAUCAAGCUUCAGAUUUGGGAUACAGCAGGCCAGGAAAGAUACAGGACUAUCACCACAGCCUACUAUCGUGGGGCCAUGGGCUUUAUUUUAAUGUAUGACAUCACAAAUGAAGAAUCCUUUAAUGCAGUGCAGGAUUGGUCAACUCAAAUCAAAACAUAUUCUUGGGAUAAUGCCCAGGUUAUCCUGGUUGGGAACAAGUGUGACAUGGAAGACGAGCGAGUCAUCUCAACUGAGAGAGGCCAGCAUUUAGGAGAACAGCUUGGAUUUGAAUUUUUUGAAGCAAGUGCCAAGGAUAACAUUAACGUCAAGCAGACCUUUGAGCGGCUGGUGGAUAUCAUCUGCGAUAAAAUGUCAGAGAGUUUGGAGACCGACCCAGCCAUCACUGCCGCAAAGCAGAACACAAGACUCAAAGAAACCCCCCCUCCACCACAACCCAACUGUGGCUGUUAAUGCCCCCACGUGCUCAGGCAGCUCCAGGGGGCUUGGUUGCCAACAAACAGCCUUUCUAAGUGGUCAAUUAGCCUUCAUUGAUACUGCCUAAUAAUCAAGGAAAAUCUUUGAUGUCAAAGGCUCAUCCAUGUGUUCAGUUUGGGGGAGAUUUCCGUGUUAAAUAUGUGGCAAAUAUGUGAUCUUAAGUUUGUAAGGACUAUAACAUCUGGUAUUGCAUGUGAUUUGUUAUUUGUCUUCUAGGCAUUUUUUUUUUUUUUUUGGUUUCUGGUUUCAACUCUGAAAAAGCUACUGCUGGAACCUCUGAAUAUAAUUUUACUACUAACUUUGUGCCAUGGAUUCAAGUGACAUUAUUUAUAGUAUGGACUGUAACCAAGAAAAUUGCUUGUGAGCACUGGGAAAUCUCAGGAUACAUUAUCUGCUUUACUCUUCAUUGAAAACCAAGUCAAAAUAAUACUUAUUAGGGAAAUUUUCUUGGUUCCAGACACAUUACUACUAAGAAAAGAUGACUGUUUU